AUGUCUCUGCUCCUCCGUCGUCCWCCAGGGCGUGAGGCCUACCCAGGUGACGUUUUCUACCUCCACUCUCGUCUCCUGGAGCGUGCCGCCAAGAUGAACGACAAGUUCGGUGGUGGCUCUCUCACCGCGCUUCCCAUCAUUGAAACUCAGGGUGGUGAUGUGUCUGCCUACAUUCCAACCAACGUCAUUUCCAUCACCGACGGCCAGAUCUUCUUGGAGUCCGAGCUUUUCUACAAGGGUAUCCGCCCUGCCAUCAACGUCGGUCUCUCCGUGUCCCGAGUCGGUUCCGCCGCCCAGCUCAAGGCCAUGAAGCAAGUCGCCGGUUCGCUCAAGCUCUUCUUGGCCCAGUACCGUGAGGUUGCCGCUUUCGCCCAGUUCGGUUCCGAUCUCGAUGCCGCCACCAAGCAGACACUCAGCCGUGGUGAGCGUCUCACUGAGCUGCUCAAGCAGAAGCAGUACAGCCCCAUGGCUGUCAACGAGAUGGUGCCCCUCAUCUACGCCGGUGUCAACGGUCACCUUGACAGCGUGCCAGUCGCCAAGGUUCUCCAGUGGGAGUCUGACUUCCUCAACCACCUCCGCAGCAACGAGUCUGACCUUUUGGCCACCAUUGACAAGGAGGGUGCGCUCAGCAAGGAUACCGAGGCCAAGUUGAAGGAUGUUGUCGUUAGCUUCAUCAAGACCUUCUCAUAG